AUGAUGGGUUUUGAUGAUAAAUGUGAACUGGAAGGUAAGGGAAAAGGACGAAUUAUUGUUGCUGAGUAUGAGAAUUACUACGUUAUAAAUGCAUAUGUUCCGAAUAGUGGUCGUGGUCUGGUAAAUCUGGAAAAACGAAAACUCUGGGAUGCUUAUUACCUCAAUUUUCUCAAGGGACUGGAUUCGAAGAAACCAGUGAUAUAUGUCGGAGAUCUGAACCCCGUUGCAGGGUUUGUGGACGUAUUUCGUAAGCUGAAUCCUGAAAAAGAAGGAGCAUACACAUUUUGGUCUAAUAUGCACAAUGCACGUGAAAAAAAUGUCGGUUGGAGACUUGAUUAUUUUGUGGUCAGUGAACGUAUCAUGGAUAAAGUGAAAGACUGUGAGAUUCUUUCAUCAAUCAAAGGAAGCGAUCAUUGCCCAUUGCGUCUUAAAAUUGAAGUUUAA